AUGCUUUACCGUAAUACCGCUGCCCGCUCCCUGCUCCGGGCUAUUUCGAGCUCCAAUGCCUCUGUGGCUCGCUCUCCUCUGGUCAGCCAGGUCUUUAAGGCCCAGUUGACCUCAUCCAGUCGCUCCGUCCGCCCGAUCUCCCCGAGUCUUGCGCUUGCUGCUCGCAAGCCCAUUACUACCGCGCUUGUUCGCCACUCGUCUUCUUCAUCUCAAGAUGGCGACAUCGAUAUGACAGCCGGAAUCCGGGCCGAGGCGAAAGUUAUCAAGGAUACCUUCAGCCUGAGCGCCGUCCCUAAGGAAGCUCUCGUCCUUGGUGUUGCCGGUGUCGUCCCCUACGUCGCCACCGCUCUCCAGACCGUUGUUCUUUCCUACAAGAUCAGCUCAGCCCCCGCCGGUAGUGAUAGUCUGAUCUAUUCUGGCCAGAGCGCCGAACUGUUGCUUCACUUGAUCGAGCCUGUCCAGGUCGCAUACGGUGCCGUGAUCCUCUCCUUCCUCGGUGCUAUCCACUGGGGUCUUGAGUGGGCUGGCUACGGCGGCAAGUUCGGCUACAAGCGUUACGCUGCCGGUGUUUAUGCUCCUGCCAUUGCUUGGCCGACUUUGCUGAUGCCCUUUGAGUUCGCUCUGAUCACCCAGUUCCUCGCCUUCAACAUGUUGUAUUACAACGACUCUCGAGCUUCCGUCAAAGGUCGUGCCCCUAGCUGGUACGGCAUCUACCGCUUCGUCCUGACCUUCAUUGUUGGCGCCGCCAUUGUCGCUACCCUGGUUGGCCACCAGCAGAUCCACGACAUUCCUGCAUCUGAGCACAGUAUCGGCGACAAGAUCAAGGCCCUGCUCUACCUCCAGCAGAAAGAGGAGGAAGAGGCUAAGGCUCGCAUCGCUGCUGAUGCUGCUGAGGAGGAGUAA